AUGUUUUCUCCCGACGAUAUCGUGGGCCAAGAGCUCAAGCACAACCUUACCCUCGAAAUCCAGCGGCGCUACAACCUCGGCGAGGAUGCUAAGGACUACGCCGACUACAUCGUCAUGUUGAUGGCCACGGGAAAGUCCAACGCCGAUGUCGUCAAGGAGAUCAACGAACUCUCGUCGGAAAUGAAAAUUGACGAGCAAUUUGUCGCCAUCAUCUAUCAAGAAGCUCAGAAUAUCAUUGAGCGGGUCCAGCAACAGCAACAAAUGCCGCAACCGCCGCAACAGGCGCCGGUAGCGGCGGCUCAGCCCCAACCGGAGUUGCCUCCUUUGCAAUCGACAUCGCAGCCUCAAGCGACGUUCCCUGUACCUUCAGUGGCCAUGCCUCCGUCGCAACCGCAGCUGGCAUUUGCUGAUCAAAUCGCUCUGUCAUCUACUGGGCUUAACCUUGCCUCGGCUAGGCCGCGGGUUAAAGUGCCUGAAGGGCCUAAAGCAUCGCUCAAAGGAGUGGGUCGUAAAGCCGGUGCCGGUGGCAUUGGCAAGAAGCAGCUGAACCCUCGUGACUUUAACAGCAAACUGCAACAACGCGGGCCGCAAAAGCAGUUGGCGGCGAAGGUUGAAAAGGCGAUGGAAUUGUCCGACAACCAGGUGCACAUCACGCAGAAGACGCGGGGCCGGUGUCCUGACUUCCCCAACUGUCCCAAAAAGGACUUUGAGUGCUCGUUGGCUCACCCUACUCGCCUCUGUUACGCUCACCCUAAGUGCCCUAAUCCUCCCGGUACUUGCAGAUACUUGCACCCGGGUGAAGACGAUGAGCUCAUUGCCGCUAACGAAAAGAAGAAGAAAGAAUGGGUGGAGAAGAAGAAGUUGCAAUUGCAAUUGCAAGCGGCUAAGUGUAAGUUUGGCGCCAAGUGCGCUAAGGACCUGUGCCCCUUUGUCCACCCUACUCCGGCCAACCCCAAUGCGUUUGUCGCCACUCUCGACUGGUGUCCUGACGGCAAACAGUGUAUGAACGCCCAAUGUGUGAUGGCUCACCCCCCGCCUCCCACGGCCAAGCUGGCGGCCCAGGUGGCCGAAGAAAUCCUGCUUCAGCAGUGCAAGUUUGGUAAGAUGUGCACCAACCCCAAGUGUGCUCGUCGUCACGCGCAGCUGUUGGUGGCGUGCAAGUAUGGUGCCGAAUGCCGUAACGUCAACUGUGUCUUCAUGCACCCCGUGGCUGAACCGUGCCGGUUUGGCGCUAACUGCAAGAACCCCAAGUGCUUUUACCAACACCCUGAAGGGCGGGCCAGUCAUGGUCCGAUGACGUGGACUCGCGACCAACAACAGUUUGCCGUCCCUGAAGACCAAGUGAUGGAACAAGUGACUCAAUAA